UAAGUCGAAGUUUUCUGGAAGUGCUUAAGUUUUUUAGUGAAUAUUUUUAGUUCAAUCGGGAGCGCUUGGGUAGACAAACCACAUCGUCGGAGUUAAAAUUUCGUUAGCGAUAUAUAUAAAAAAAAAUAAAAUACAUAAUAAAAAUUAUUUAUUCCUCAAAUUAGUGUAAAAUCAUAAUUAAUUUGACAAUGUUGUUCCUUUUAUUAUUGUUCACAUUUUGCUUUUUGUAUUGUUAUUGGAUCUACAGCCGUUAUCAAAAUGUAUGGAAAUAUAUGUCUAAAAUUCCAGGACCCGAUGCAUUGCCGCUCUUCGGUAAUGUCGUAGAGUUAAGAUUUGAUCCGGCAGAAACUUUUAAAGUUAUACGCAAAUGGAUAAACGACUAUCAUUUUGAAACUUUUCGCAUAUAUGCGGGUUUGCAGCACUGUGUCUUGUUGCCAAACCCUAAGGCUAUUGAGUUAGUAUUAUCGAGCACUACACUCACUUACAAAGAAGACUUCUAUAAUUUCUUUUAUCCUUGGUUGGGCAGAGGACUACUAACAGCUAAUGGACAAUACUGGGCAAAACAUCGUAAGAUGAUUACUCCAUCAUUUCAUUUUCAAAUACUGCAGGACUUUCUGCACAUAAUCAAUUUAACUACCGACCGAUUCAUGGAUUUGUUGGAAAAAUACACUGAGAAAGGGGACAUGUUUGAUUUCCAACAAAUAGUCACGCGUAGCACUAUAGAUGUAAUAUGCGAAUCUGCAAUGGGUACGCGUGUUAAUGCAAUCGAAGGGGCUGUAUCACCAAUUGUUGCUGCAAUGAAUGACAUAUGCUAUGUUAUACAUGAACGUAUUAUAAGUCUUUUGAAACGAUUCACACCAUUUUUUGUUUUGACGCCUUUGUAUUUCAAGCAAAAAAAAGCUCUGCGAAUAUUAAAAAGUGAAAUAUCGGAGAUUAUUAAGAAGAGACACGCAUUUCUAAAAGAGCAUAACUUCUUUGAAAACAUUAACAGCGAUGACCUACAGCGUCCCAAGAUGGCUUUCUUGGAUAAUUUGUUAACAGCAAAAAUCGAUGGAAAAUCAUUGACUUUUCAGGAAAUCUAUGAGGAAGUAUCAACAUUUAUGUUUGAGGGUCAUGACACAACUGCAUCAGCAAUAACUUUUGCAAUUUUCUGCUUGGCACGUCACACACAAGUACAGCAAAAGGCGUUUGCUGAGCAAUAUGAAAUGUUUGGUAAUGACUUAACAAGUAGUCCAACAUAUCAGCAACUGCAAGAAAUGAAAUAUUUGGAACUCGUAAUCAAGGAAACAUUGCGAUUGUACCCAAGUGUCCCAAUAAUCGCACGCACCAUUAUUGAAUCAACAGAAAUCGAUGGUUAUAUAGUUCCAGAUAAUACCACAAUAGUAAUACCCAUUUUUGCACUUGGUGUAGAUGAAGACAACUACGAACAGCCCUACACUUUUCAACCUGAACGCUUUGAUGCAGACAAACGCAUGCAUGCACAUCCUUAUGAUUUUGUGCCAUUCAGUGCCGGACCACGUAAUUGCAUAGGUCAAAAGUUUGCUAUGAUGGAGUUAAAAGUUACUAUUUCUAAGAUUCUGCGACAUUUUGAAAUAUUACCGGCUGUGGAUGACUUAUCUUCAGGCUCACAUGAUUUUUCUAAUUCCCAUAACCCAUAUGAUCCUCAGCUAGCAGCACUUGUGACACUGAAGUCCACAAAUGGAGUUUACAUCAGACUCAAAAAACGGGAUUAUUAAAUUUUUUACAUAUUUAUAAAAGCAUUGGAAUCUAAUAUACUAUUAGCUCCUUGGUAACAGGUUAGAGUUCUCUCUAAACUAAACUAGCUAUUUUUACUUAUAACUAUUUUUUAC